AUGCUGUCCCGCCAAACUCCAGAUCCAGGCUAUUCAGUUUUGAUGAAAGCCGUGAUAGAACAAAAUGUGGAUUAUGUGACAGCUGUACUAAAGAGUGGUUCAAACUUAGAAGGAAGAGACAGACUAGGACAGAGUGUUCUCUACCAUGCCUUUCCUGAAAUCUUCACUUCAAAAUCCAUAGAAAUUAUGACAAUUCUAGUAAGUCACGGUAUUAAUGUUAAUGCAACACUUGAUGCUGACGGGAGCUCGGCCCUUGUCACAGCUGUGGACAGGAACCUCCAUGAAGUGGUCCAGCUGUUGGUAGACAAUGGUGCUGAUGUUAACGAUGGUGCAGCAUCCAAAUUUUCUGGAUCGCUCUGCAGUGACCCCAUGUACAUGAAAAACAAUGCUUUGAGUAUCUCAACAUCUACUCAUUUCAUAUUUUCCAAAGGUUGUGGACACACAGUGACUCCAUUACUUUGUGCUGUAAUGCAACAGAGAAAAACGAUUUGCCAAAUAUUGUUAAAGGCAAAUGCACUCUGUGAAUGUCCAUCCUUUGGGACGUUCUGGCGAGCCUCAGUAACAAGUGUUUGCUCCAACUGUGAUGUGUAUUUGACUGCAUUGCACAUGGCAGCAUAUUUAGGUGACUUAAACAUGACAUACACUCUGUUGAACCUCAAGGUGGAUAUGACAGAGCACAACUUUAUUGAAAACUGCAGACAGUCCUUUAAUGACAUCACACCUUUGUGGUUUGCUUUACUGAAAGGCCAUGAAAGCAUUGUUCAGCUUUUUCUUAGCUUGGGUAAACCUGUAGCUCUUGCAUGCCACUUUGGCUCGGGCUUACAGGUUUGUUUAGAGGAAGGAUUCUGCAAUAUUGCUCUGAUGAUCCUACGUGCUGGUUAUGGUCUUGAUGAUGACUUUGAAUGGAUUCAAGAACAGAGAUUUCCAACAGACAGUAUUGAAGUUAUAGACAAAAUCAAAAGUCUCCUAACACAUCCCAGGCCAUUAAUUGAUUGUUGUUGUACUUCUCUCAGACAAAGGUUUGGCAUUCAUCUCAACAAAUAUCUGGCCAUUGUUGGAGCUCCUAAAAAGGUUGGUGACCUUCUGAACUUCAGAGAUCUUACAAAUUGUUCAUGGCAACAAGAACUUGAACCAGACUUGUACAAUUGA